AUGAUUUCUUUGGUAUUAGCCAUUGUAUCACAAAAUUAUAUUCGGCCCUCCGUUUCCAAUAAUGACACAUCCAAAUGUACAAGUAACAUCAACUUUACACCGUCAUCGAAUCAAGAUCCUGCCAGACUAGCUUCUACCUCUACUAAUGGUGAACUAUUCCCUUAUAGUCACACACGAUUGCCACAAACUAUAUUCCCAUUACAUUAUGAGAUCUACUUGCAUCCUAACUACGCUAAAUUACAAACUCAUGGUGAAAUUAAAAUUAAUCUAAGCUGUGUACAAGCUACAUCGUUCAUUUUGAUUCAUGCCAAAGAUAUCGAUAUUCAAUCCGUCUUGAUUACCGAUUUCAGGCAACAUCCUAUAAAUGUCAGUAAAACUUUACAAAACAACUACAACGAUUUCUACUAUAUUCAAAUGAAAGAAUCUUUUCAACCUGAUCAAAAUUACAACCUGGAGAUGACUUUUAUCAGUAAGAUUUCAACAGAAAAGCUGCAAGGAUUUUACCGAGCAAGCUACAGGGAUAUGACUGGCAAUAAUAGGUAUAUGUAUGUUACCCAAUUUGAAGCUGCUUCUGCGAGAUCUGCCUUUCCUUGUUUUGAUGAACCCGGUAUGAAGGUUACUGUAUCUUUAACUAUUGUAAGACCAAGCGGCUACCAAGCUCUAUCUAACAUGCCCAUUGAAGAUAGUAUUGUGCUAAAUACGGAAAAUAAUAUGGUAGCAGUCAAGUUUGCAAAGAGCGUGAAUAUGAGCACGUAUUUGAUAGCAUUCGCAGUAGUUGAUUAUCAUUACUUAGAAAGACGCCAAGGUUCAGUUCAUAUUCGAACUUGGGCACCAGCUGAUAAAAUCAAUUAUACCGAAGUCGCUCUGAACGCUAGUGUUAAAAUCUUACCAUAUUAUCGAAAAUUAUUUGGUAUUGCAUAUCCACUCCCAAAGCUAGAUUUGAUAGCUGUACCGGAUUUUUCUGCUGGUGCUAUGGAAAACUGGGGUCUAAUUACUUUUCGAGAGACAUCAUUGCUUUAUAAUCCUAAAGUAGGCACAAUCAGUAAUUUUGAGCGUGUUGUCACUACGGUUGCACAUGAACUGGCUCAUCAGUGGUUUGGUAACCUGGUCACAAUGAGAUGGUGGAGUGAUUUGUGGCUGAAUGAAGGCUUUGCUUCUUUUGUCGAAUAUUUAGGCGGCAAUCUAGCUGCCCCAAGUCUUCAUAUUCUAGAAAGCCUCUAUAUGAAGGAAUUCAUACCAGCAAUGCAAUAUGACAGCUACAUUAAUUCUCAUCCGAUCCUGCAAAAUGUUGAUAGAACAACUGAAAUUGGCGCUUUGUUUGACAAAAUUUCAUACUCGAAGGGAUGCUGUGUUUUGACAAUGUUACAAGAUUAUUUAAAUUCUACCAUAUUCUUUAACGGUCUUCGCAAGUACUUGAUUACCUAUAAAUACCGAAAUGCUGACAGUGAUGAUCUAUGGAAUUCGAUUUCUUCGGUUUGA